CACACACACAGAGAGGAGUGGACCGACACACACGAGAGAGAGUGUGUGCGGUUCACAGGCGGGCGGGAAUAAAAAAAACACAACAGUCGCUGACCAGGUCGCCAUCAAGACAGUCCACUCUGAUCCGUGUCUCUCUGCUGAUAUCGGCCGCCUCCAGUCUUUUGAUUUUUGAACCCCUUUUCGAAUUGACGACAACAACAACAACAUCGUGAACGAAUUUUUUUUUUGUCUUCGUGAUUGGUGUUUUGUUUUUGUUUUACAAACGAAGAAAUUUCGGGAAUUCUUUUUCGUUUGUCAGUGAAUCGGUUUACGUCAACAGCACGGGGGAAGGGGGAAAUAGAAAGAGAAAAAAAAAAAAAGAUGAUGAUUGGUGCGUGAACCGGCCAGAUUUUGAUUGGAGCGUCGUGCCGGUUGCGAGAGAUAGAAGAAAAACAGCACGACACGAUUUUUCUUGUUUUUUUUGUUUAAUCCGUUGAAGAAAGAAAGAAAGAAAGAAAGAAAAGAAAAGAAGUGCCACUGGAUGCCGAUGAGGAUGGACACGUCCACUUCGGCGAUCAGUCUCGUCGCCGGCGACAAGACGCCACGUGGAGCCAUGGCGCUCUCCGUCGAGUACUGCGUCGUCUGCGGAGACAGAGCCUCAGGCCGCCAUUAUGGAGCCAUCAGCUGUGAAGGUUGUAAAGGUUUCUUUAAACGAUCCAUCCGCAAACAGCUGGGCUACACGUGUCGCGGUGGCAAGGACUGCGAAGUGACCAAACAUCAUCGCAAUAGAUGUCAGUACUGUCGACUGCAGAAAUGCCUUUCGAUGGGCAUGCGAAGCGAUUACUCUCACCGUCCAGCGGUGCAAUCGGAGCGAAAGCCAGCCGGCGACAAGAAAUCCGAGUCUCCGUCGUCUCAGUUGUUGACAUCGGCCAAUUUCCUCUUGCGCGGCGAUCUCUCAUCGGCGGCCAGUGCCGCCCUUUCAGCCUCUGGACAAAACGUUUCAUCGCCAGGCAUCCUCAAACCCUUUGGCUGGAACGCGGAUCUCAGCACGUUGGCCAGCGUGGUGACGUCGUUGGCCGGCAUGCGUUCGGAAGCCUUCGGCGGUGUCAGCAGUAACCCGAUGAACCAUCGAGGAGCGUCGCCAGCUGACAGACCUGAUCGUGGAGCUUUGAGUGCAGAUCGACAUCAUCAUCACCAUCAUCAUCACCACGAGCGCGGUGGAAGUGGUGGCGGUGGUGGUGGUGGAGGAGGACAGAAUGUCAAAAUGGAAGAGGAGGACGAUUCGGAUGACGAAGAUUCUGCUUCGACCACCAACGAUGAAGCGGCCGUCGCCAAUGCACUUCACCUGGCGAAAGAGAACCUCAUUUCUAAAGCCUUUGACACCAUGGCCAAGAACAUGAAUGGUGGAGACACGUCAAGCACGGGAGCCGAUUACGAGGAUGAUGGUCUUUACGAGCUGGAAGGUCCCCUACUGUCUGAUGGCAACGUUUCGUUCCAGCUGACGACGCCAUCACCUAUGCCCGUCUUCCUUAAUGCCCACUUCAUCUGCGAGAGUGCCUCACGGCUCUUGUUCCUUUCAGUACAUUGGGCACGAUCUAUCGGCGCCUUCCAGCUGCUUUCGUCCGACACUCAAAUCGAACUCGUUCGGGGCUGCUGGUCUGAACUCUUUGCCCUAGGCAUGGCGCAGUGUUCUCACAUCAUGUCCCUACCGGCCAUUUUGACGGCCAUCAUCACCCACCUUCAAGCCUCCGUCGCUCAGGACAAAGUCUCGGCACAGCGAGUCAAAUUGGUGACGGAGCACGUUUUGCAGUUGCAAGAUUACGUCAACACCAUGGCCAAACUACAGGUCGACGAGCAUGAAUAUGCUUACUUGAAAGCCAUCGCCCUCUUUAGUCCAGAUCACGCGGGGUCGACUGGCCGUCAAGUGGAGCGUUUUCAGGACAAGGCUGUGAAAGAGUUGCGGACGUACGUGACGCAAACGUGGAACGAAGAGGCUGAAGAUCGAUUCCCACGGUUGCUGUUGAGGCUCCCACCGCUCCGUUCGCUCCAGCCCGGAUUGAUGGAGGAGCUGUUUUUCGCCGCCUUGAUCGGCACCGUCCACAUUGACUCGGUCAUUCCCUACAUCCUUCGAAUGGAUUCGACAGAGUACAACGGCCAAUUUGGUGGAGCUAUGGCCAGCCCUAGCCCCCGAGGCCAACAGUCGUCUUCCUCACCAUUGCCGGGUAACCACCGGACGCAUUCGCGCUCUCCAGCCGGCCACUAAAUUGGAUGUGUGUCAUCACACACACAUCCCUUUUUUUUUUUUUUUUCUUUUUUUUUCUUCAUUAUUAAUUAUUCAAUAUAGAUAUAAAACAAUUGAUGACCCGAUUCAUUACAUUUUUUUGGGGGGUGGGAUUUUCUUAACUUUCGGGUUCCUCCUCCCCCCCGACAAUUGCCUCAUGUUUUGUUUUUCUUCUGUAUAUCCAAAACUGGGUUCAUGUGUGUGCAUAUAUCCACAUAUAUAUAUAUAUAUUGAUUUGAUGUGUGCGUGUGUGUGUGUGUGUCUUUUUUCUUGAAAUGAUCCAACCGAGUGAGUUGUAUUUACACUUUUAAAGAAAAGUGUGUCUGAGGCUUCAUUUGUCUAUCCUUCUAUACGAUCAUCACUUCACAAGCCUCUUUCACUCUUUGAACAUAUGAACUGUACCACUGAUUCUUUUUUCUGAGAGAUCGAAGGUUUGCAAAGUGCCUCCUCUUUUGUUCCCAUCUAUUUUUCUUUUCUUAAUUAUUAUACAAUAUGUUGUGCUAUAUCUAGUACCGAGGACAAAUCCUAAAUCCUGGAGGACAAAGAAAAAGGACUAAUGUCUUGUGCAUAACUUCCCUUAUAUUAUAUAUUUGACUUCUUGACGUGGUUGUGUUCCCUUUUCUCUCUCUAUCUCUCUCUGUCCACCAAUCUUUUUAACUACAAGACUUUUUCGCGAGUUUAUAUCAUUUCAGAAAGUUAUAUGCUCGAUCGGAAACGAUUUAUAAAUAAGCUUAAAAAAAAAAUAAAAUUUUUUAAAAUCCC